AUGGCGGAGUCUGCGGUGCGGGCCCGUGUGGAGGAUGCCAGCGGCUGGAUAGUGCAGCGCCAGCUCGGCAGAGGGCAGUAUGGCACGGCGUACCUCGUGGAGAUGGGCAGUCGGCGACCGCCUGCUGGCGGCGACCGGCCGAAGAAGCUAGUGGAGGCGAGCCUUGGAGACCAGGCCGUCGCGAAGGUGGUGGGCCUCGAGUUCCUUCCAGAGAAGGAGCACAGCCUCGCUUUCCAGGAGGUGGAGCUGAUGCGCAACCUGAAGCACCCCUGCAUUGUCAUGCUCACCGACCACUUCCUGACGGAGGCGAGCCUGGAGCUCGUGAUCGUCAUGGACUGGUGCGACGGCGGGGACCUGCGCAACGAGGUGAAGAGGAGAGGCAAGACCACGCCUGCGGAUCACAUCCCAGAGGACCAGAUCAUGAUGUGGUUCAUCCAGUUGGCGUUGGCCCUGAACUACAUCCACCAGCGGCACAUCCUCCACCGGGACCUCAAGAGCUCGAACAUCUUCCUGAUCACUGGCCAGUCCCAAGGCUAUCGGGUUAAGAUCGGAGACUUCGGCAUCUCCCGCGUGCUCGAGGGGACCGUCGACGUGGCCGCGACUGUGGUGGGCACGCCCUUCUACAUGUCGCCCGAGGUUUGCAAGGCCGAGCCGUACGGCUACAAGAGCGACAUUUGGGCCCUUGGCUGCGUCUUGUACGAGAUGUGCAUGCUCAAGCACGCCUUCGAGAGCCAAUCGCUGCUGGGGCUGGUCUACAAGAUCGUCAGCGAGACGCACCCGGACAUCCCUGUCCAGUACAGCGACGACCUGCGGAAGCUGCUCGACCGUGUGCUCGAGAAGUCUCAGUACGAUCGGCCGAGCGGAAAGGAGGUCAUGGCCGACCCCUACGUCCGCCGCUUCGUGGCUGGAGCCACCGCGGACUUCUCCGGCAUCCUUGCGGAGGCGGCACCGCCCCUGGGGGCGCCGACGGAGGCGUGGGCCCCGGCAGAGGCCGCCUCGCCGAAGCCGCCUGACGGCGCGCGGGCUGCCGCCGUGGCCGACGAGGGCCCAGCGCCGGUUAUGGACAUCCCGCCGGGCAGCCCGGCGGCCCACGCUGGCCUCGGCGGCCCGCAGGAACGCCCCGUGCGCAGGGAGUGGAGCGACCCACCGUUUGUGGCCGCUGCCCCUCCGUCGCUGACCACCGAGGAGGGGCUGCGCGCCAAAGUCCUGAUCGGGCGCAUGAGGCGAGCCCUCACGAUGCGCCCACAGAACUGGCUGCAGGUUUUCGCGAGUUUCGACCAGAAGGGGGACGGGCAGCUGCCGAGCGCGGAGUUCGAGAGGGCGGUGACCUCUCUUGCGCUCGGGCUGAGCGACGAGGAGAUCCAGGAGGUCCGCGCCAGCCUCCAGAGCGGCAAGAGCAGCUGCGUCCCCGUGGACUCCUUCGGGGCGGCGCUGCACCGCGUGCCGCCAGAGGCCCGGGGCCCGAGGAGUGGGGCCAAUGCGUGCUGA